AUGCCUCUUAGGGAAAAUAAUAAAUUGUCAGAAGUAAAAUCGUCGUCGAAUGAAAUAGCAUCGAACAACAUUAUAGAAACCAAACCAAUUACAUCAAAAAAUGAAAUCAAAAUCAAGCCCACCAAGACUCAAUCAUCUGGAGACAAAAAGUCUUCGCAGAAGGUUGUUUCAGUAGUACAAGUCAAAUCUGAUCCACCAAAACCUGCAUCAACAGCAAAACCUGCAUCGACGAUAAAACCAUCUUCCAAAAAAGAAGUUAAACCCUCAGCUGUACCGAAGGCUGCUGAGAAACCAAAAUCAACUGUUAAUAAAGCCCCUGUCGUUGACGGUGCUGCGUCCACCAAACUAUCUGCAACUCAGAGCGUUAUAACAAAAGUUGAAAUUGUUGGCGGAUCGACGAAGUUAGCAGAGCCGAUAAUUGCUAGCAAAGUGGAAUCACGUAAAGAGCCGGAAUCCAGUGUCGUAUCCAGUAUUGUUCAAGUUAAAUCGGAUAACGAAGCUGCACUCGUAAUUGGAAACAACAUUGGAGAACCUGAAUACGACUUUCUCUCCAGACAACCGUCAGAAGUUGUCGAAGAAACUUUCAAAGUCGUGAAUUUAAAACCCAGCUCAAAAUUCCUGUUAAAACAUCGACCAGCUACCGAAGUAAAGAAAAAUGCUGCAGCUAAAAGAAGUGAACAUCCCACAGGACUAGUGACUAAAUUGGGAGGUACAGUUGUCAAGGAUGGUGUAACGACUGUAAUUGAAACAAGUGUCAUUGGGACGUAUAUUUCAGGAAAAUACGCGCAAGUAUUACAAAGCACCUCGAGAAAAAUAAACCCCACACAAAGUCUUCGAAUAUUAAAAACAGCCGCACCUUCAUUAUCAAAAGGAAAUAAGCAACGGCAGAUAGACCCCACCCCAGCCGCUGCCGUUAAUGAAGAGACUUCUUCUCUACCGGCCGAGAACGCCAUAAAAUCUACGAGGAAGUCCUUAGGCGCUUCCGGGGCCUACAAAAGAUUCAAAAACAGGCACAAAGAACCAGACGUCGCCGUCUCCGAAGAGGACAAUGAUCGUUCCGACGCUGCAACAGCCCAACCCAAUUACAAGAAAUCUCAGAAAAAUAGGAGUCAAUCACAGAACUCAAGAAACUCUAAACCCAUCACAACUACACACAGUCAGCAAAAACCUAGAAGAAAUAGAAACAGAAAAGCCUCUACUACAUCCAAACCGUAUGUACACAGAGAGGAACCAUCUACAUCCUCGCCUGCCAAGAGGUUCUCAUCCACACGAAAGACCAAGCAGAGCAAGACUGUACAGAGCAGCGAAGUUUCCAGUAACAACAACAACAACAACAACAAUAAUGGUUACUCUAGAAGAGCGUUUAAGCCCAAAGUUCAGCCAUCCAGCGUUGACGUUAGUGGAAGUGGUUCGUCAAGUCUGUACAAGUUCAAACUUAAUAGAUCUCCAGGCAGAUGGCAAUACAAAACCACUUCGAAGCCUCGGGUAACUAUUCGAAAACAAAACAGCGACGAACCGGGAAACAAUAACGAAACGCCGGGGAUAUCUUCUUCUCCGAUGCCGCCGUCAUCAGGGCAGGAAGUUCCCCACACUCCAAUCAACGAUGUCGUUACUCCCCAAGCCCGAUCAGACGACGUAGAUAGUCUUGAAGAAUCCGAAUCAAUUGCUUCAAUAAUUGAUGACGAAAGCGCUACGGCGAAUAAACUUGACGUUCCUGCUCCUGUAGCUUUUCCAGUGGAAACUAUUAAAGUCGAAAUUUCCACCCCUUCUGAUUUCGGGGAUAUUUACUACGAGAUUGCGACCAUCAAGUCACCCUACACGUUCCAGGUGCAAACUAUAAGUAUUAGAUUAUUAUAA